UGCUAUGUAAAUAAUCAUUGAUUUUUCGAGAAUCAUCAGUGAAAAUUCACUCGUGAUCAGACCCAACUUCAGUCAUCCGAAAGUCGAUGACUUUCACAACAAAUUCGUAAAAGUUCGAGUGCUAAAUUUCAUUGUAGCUUAUGUAUAAGCGAUUUGCGAAAAAAAAACAAAAGCAAAAGCUCUUGUGCAUUAAAAACUGAGCUGUCUCACAUAUGCAAUGAAUUACUCGAGAAAGAAUUCCCGUGCUCUCGUACGCAACGGUGCAUGUUUUGUGACAGUCACAAGCAUACUCACACAGCGUCAGGUGUUGAUGGUAUAGUGGUGUUAGUCGCCCGUGGGACGACGCGUCGACAGUUGUGCUGUAUGUGGUACAAUAUAUAGCGCGUGCAAGACUACGGAAAGCACUCACGACGAUCGGUUGUAAGUUUGCGAAAUAAACCUAUGUAUUGGCUUAUUCUCACCCUGUCGUGAUCGUUGAAUAAUAAUGUAAACUUUCAAGCGAAAUAGUGAAAGUUGUAAAAGCAAUCGGAUGAACGAGCAUUGUUAACGGAAGUAUACCAUGGCAUUGUUGUACAGUACAAGUGCGAUAUAUUAUUGCGAGAAACUGUAAACGGGUGGAAGUAUAAUCUCGCGCGCGGGGGUGGCUGCGAAAGAGUGGCGAGGCUAACGAACUGUCGCGCGUACGAGAGGUUACAUAGUAGCGAAUACAUCGCCUGCAGCUGAGUGUGAAGCGUGACCGUCAGAGUACGCUUGGGAUUCUUCUUUCUUUUUCGUUGAUGUUUGUUGUUGCCCAAUGAAUAUUCUACUUUUCUCUCCCUGUGCUUGUGUAUUUUAUUGAAUUAGUCAAUUUACUGGCUAUCGUUUUAGUAUCGACGGGCACGAUAUUCGAUGAUUGUUGGUUAGUUCGUGUUAUUGACCGUCAGAGAACACUGGAUGGAGUGCGAGAAGGAUAGCAUUAGCAGUGCGCGCUGCUGCUGCCAGCAGUAAAAUGGAGCUGCUACGCUCGGAGGAUGAUGCAGGCGGCCCCUGAUCGACUCGUCGCCCCGAAUCCAAACUCAAGAUUCAUGCAGAACUCCACAAGAAUGGAGCGAGAUGUGUCGUCGGAGUCGAGUCUCGCUGCAGAGCUCUACUUCCUCAUCGUGAAAUUCCUGGCGCAGGGCCCUUGUCGUGCCGUCGCUGACGUGCUUAAAGAAGAAUUGGAGCGAGCCAAGAUCCUGCCACAGAGAUUGGAUUGGCUUGGUAACCAGCAUGGUCAAAGUUUUGCAGAAUUGGAAAGGAAAUACUCUCACAUAGGCUCGAAUCACUUGCUGCAAAUAUGCGCUCGAAUAGGUCCGGUUUUAGAAAAAGAGGUGCCUCCAUGUGUAGCAGGAGCUAUUUCUUUGCUUGGUGCGGGAAGACAAUCCUUGUUGCGCACAAAAGAAGACAUGCAGCGAUUCUUUCGGACAAUCACCGAUUACACAACGAGGAAUGGAGGAAAACCACUUCUAAAUCCAUCAGGACAUUUUCCAGUGUUGAAUAUAUUAAAAGUGCUUCAAGGCCGAGAAAACUCCGGACCGAUGAGUCGUCGCGAAGUCGUCUCCACCUUGUUUUACAGCAAAAUGCAGCUCUAUCGUCACACGUUGGGCCACCUCUCGGCAGUUUAUUGUGUACUGUUCGAUCGUACAGGAAAGUAUAUUAUUACUGGUGCCGAUGACCUACUUGUGAAAGUUUGGAGUUCGACUGACGGCCGAUUGCUCGCUACUUUCCGCGGUGCCUCUUCCGAAAUUAUGGACAUUGCUGUGAACUUUGAUAAUACUUUGCUGGCUGCUGGUAGUCUGGAUAAAAUCAUCAGAGUUUGGUGUUUUCAAACUAUGUCACCGAUUGCUGUGUUGUCAGGUCAUACGGGAAUGAUCACCUCUGUGAAUUUUUGUCCAAUUUCAUGUAAAGGAAUUAAUUAUUUAGUAUCGACGAGUAGUGACGGUUCCGUUGCGUUUUGGUCACACGCGAGAGAAGGCAUCGAAAGAGUAUUGUUUCAACCUAAACCAAUUCAAUACCAUGAGAAAAUGCGGCCAGGUCAAGCGCAAAUGAUUUGUGCCUCGUUCAGUCCCGGUGGUGCAUUCAUGGCCGCUGGUUCGGCCGAUCAUCAUGUACGUGUCUACAUGAUGCUUGGCGACGAGGGACCGAAACGUGUACUCGAAGUCGAAGCACACAGUGAUACUGUCGACAGUAUACAAUGGGCUCACAGUGGAUUGAGGUUUAUCUCAGGUUCCAAGGACGGCACGGCAAACGUCUGGAAUUUCGAGCAGCAGCAAUGGCAGCAUAAUGUAUUGGUUAUGCAUACCAAGUUAGCAGGUGAACCAUUAACAGAUGAAGAUAGCAACAAGAAAAUGAAAGUGACAAUGGUAUGCUGGGACGUGAGUGACGAGUGGGUAGUGACAGCAGUGAACGACAGUUCGUUGAAAGUAUGGAACUCGAAGACCGCCGAGCUUGUAAAAGUGCUACGUGGUCACAAAGAUGAAGUGUUCGUUUUGGAGUCUCAUCCUAUUGAUCCAAGAGUUAUACUGAGUGCUGGCCAUGAUGGUCAACUUAUUAUUUGGGAUGUGCUCAAUACCGAACCAAUUGCGUGCUUUCAAAACUUCAUCGAAGGUCAAGGCAAUGGUGCUGUAUACGAUGCUAAGUGGUCGGCGGAUGGUACCAAAAUUGCAGCUACAGAUUCACACGGGCAUUUGAUGAUGUAUGGAUUUGGUUCUGGCGUUGAACGGUUGAAAAUUAUACCGAAAGAAUUAUUUUUCCACACUGACUACCGGCCUUUAAUAAGAGAUGCCAAUAAUUAUGUGCUAGAUGAACAAACGCAAACGGCACCACAUCUGAUGCCACCGCCUUUUCUCGUCGACGUCGACGGUAAUCCUUACCCACCCGCUUUACAAAGACUAGUACCUGGUAGAGAAAACUGUCGAGGUGAGCAAUUGGUUCCAAAUAUCGCUGUUGGUGCCAGUGGGCAGCAAGAGAUAAUCGAGGGAUUGCCAGAAGAUGGGCAGCAACCACGUUCGAAUAUUGACAGGCUGAUCGAAGACUUGGCCCAGCGUCAGAGAUUACAUGGCGAAAAUAAUGAUCAUCAAUACGCUGACCAGCAAUUGGAAGAAGAACAUCCAGCUCGUCAAGUUGCUAGUCCACGAGGUAGUAGACCUGGUUUACGUCGUGUCGGUGAUGUUGAGGGCGUGAGACAAAGUAGCGGUAAUUGGCAAAGAGACAAUACGACACCGUGGAACAAACCUAUUCUUGCAAGGCCAAUUAAUCCAGCAGUAUUACAUACUGUUUAUCGCCAAUUAAAUGCAACGGCUGAGGCGGAAAUGGAUUGUUAUAAACGUGAAAUGAAAAGACGACCGCAAGAAGUUUCCACUGCCACUACGCCUGACCAAAGCAGAUCUCAAACUCGCAAGAAAAAUCAAGCUCGACACGGUUAUAGAACCAGAGCUACUCGAGGCGAAGAACAAGAGGAAGAUGAGGAUUUUGAGAACGAAGAAAGCUCCGGAACCAGCAAUGAAUCAUCUUCCAACGAGGAAGAACUUUGUUCAGAUAGCUCAACAUCUGACAGCAGUACCGAAUACUCAGACUGGAUAGCAGAUACUGGUGUUAAUUUAGAGCCGCCUAAGCGAAGUAAACGAAAACCUGUUCAGAAGAGGCCACCCCCUGCUGCCUCAGCUGCUAGAGCUGUUACUCCCAGUAGUGAUCCAGAAAGGAGGAGAAGUCAACGACCAAAGAAGAAAACGGUGCCCACAUUGCCAGAAUCAAGCUCGGAGAUCACUGAAGUACCUGAAAUUUAUCGUCCAUCGGAUUGGCUCAGCGAAGUUAUUCCAAGAAAAGCACCUUACUAUCCGCAGAUGGGCGAUGAGAUUGUUUAUUUCCGACAGGGUCACAAGAGGUACUUGGACGCUGUUAGAGCCAAAAAGAUUUACGAAGUUACUCGAGUUUCCGAACCUUGGGCCAAAUUAGAUCUCAAAGCACAAGAGUUCGUUAAAGUCAUAGGGAUAAAAUACGUUAUCCGUCCACCAAGAUUGUGUUGUCUGAAACUUGCGCAGAUGAGCGAGGACGGUCGGAUGACAGGCAAAACGUUCACGAUCAAGUAUCACGAUAUGCCGGAUGUAUUGGAUUUCUUGGUAUUACGUCAAACUUACGACAUUGCGAUCGAAAGAAAUUGGGAAAACGGUCAUAGAUUCAGGUGUAUGAUCGAUGAUGGAUGGUGGAUGGGAACAAUUGUUUCGGUACAGCCUCUUGAUGAAGAAUUUCCCGACUCAUACUUCAUGUGCUUCAAUAUCAAAUGGGACAGCGGAGAGACUGAGUUUAUGAGUCCUUGGGAUCUUGAGCCUAUUAACGAAGCUAGACUACCAACAAAAGCCGGUGGUUCGGUACCAGUUCUACCCGAAGAGAUUCAAGAAACUCUUUAUCAACCGCAACAUGAAGAAUGGCCAAUGGGCGAUCGAGACACUGCGUGCAAUCGUAUCAUCCAAGGUCUCGAUCAAGUGAUGACUUUGGCCAUCGCCGAACCAUUUAUCGCACCAGUAGAUUUGAACGUAUAUCCGACUUAUGCCUUCGUAGUUGAAUAUCUGAUCGACCUGUCUACCAUUAAAGCUCGUUUCGAGAAUCGAUUCUACAGGAGAAUUACAUCCGCGCAGUUUGAUGUGAGAUAUCUUGCGGCUAAUGCUGAAACCUUCAACGAGCCACACAGUCAGAUUAUUAAACAAGCAAGGAUAGUCACAGAUAUCUGUUUAAAAAUUAUCAAAGAUGUCACUCAGCACGAUGUUCUGGCGUUAUAUCACGAGAUUGCCGAUAUCUACCAUUCGUCGUCUGACACGGAUGUUGAUGUGGAAGAUAUUAACAGACCGUCGACAAGCUCUCAAAGACCAACAAGAACGGCUGCAUUAAAAAACAUUAACGUUGUACCGAUAAUGAGCCAAGACUGGCGAAUUCCCUGCAAGCAACUGCUAGAUUUAUUAUGGCAGUGUGAAGAUUCGAUACCGUUCAGAGAGCCCGUUGAUACUUUGGAACAUCCGGAAUAUCAUCAAGUUAUAGACACGCCAAUGGAUUUGGGAACUGUAAAAGAAGAUUUAUUAGGAGGCAACUAUGAUUCGCCCGUGGAAUUUGCCAAAGAUAUGAAAUUAAUAUUCACAAACAGUAAAAAUUUUAAUACUAAUCAGCGUUCGAAGAUUUACUCCAUGACGGUGCGAUUAUCGGCUAUGUUCGAAGAACAUAUGAAAAAAAUACUGAAUAGAUGGAAAUCAGCUUCGCGUGCCAAAGAUCGAAAUGCUAUUAAAAGUAGAAAUAAAAGUAAACGUAAAACGAGAAGCAACAAGGGAUCACCUACGAAGAAUCAAAUGACAAAUGGAGCAGGUCCAUCUAAGAGAAAAAGAGAUAGCAGCGAUGAAGAUGAAGAAGAUGUUGAUGUUGAGGACGAUCAUAUGGAGGACGAGGAAGAAGAGGAGGAAGCACAGCCAGGGCCCUCAACUCUUACCAACGGUCACUCGCAACGCUUUGCCAGGGCAUCCAAAAAUCGACCGUCUUUACGACCUCGUAAUGUCAAUGGCAAAUCAAAACUUAAACAUUUCCAUUGCGAUAACGAUGACGAUGAUGACGACGAUGACGACGUGGACAGUGGAUCAUCAAGUUCAAGUGAAAGCGAUUAUAAUGAAAAAAAUACACGCAUGAGACGCACAAGAACACGACAACCGAAGACUACAAUGACGAAUGGCCAUAAUGAUAGCGACUCUGGAGACGACUAUGAGCCAAGUGCAAAGGGCAAGCAAACAAAAAAUCAUAGGGCAAAGAAUAGUAUGAAAACAAGACCAAUGAGAACACCAGAGAAAAAGUAUAUUGUAGAUGAUGAUGACGAGGAAGAAGAGGAGGAAGUGAUUGAGCAUGACGAGGACGAGGACGAAGAAAGUGAGGAGAGCGUAGAAAUUGGGCAGAGAUACACCCGUAUGACAAGGCAUAUACCAAAUUCUACUCGGAAUAAUAUCCAAGAUUCGAGUGACGAAGAAGAAGAAGGAGAUGAACAGGAAGAAGACAAUCACGGUGAAAUUCCGCAGAAUAACCACCAAAUGCAAGUAAAUGAAGAUGAAGAAGAUGAAGAAGAUGAAGAAGAAGAAGAAGAAGAAGAAGAUGAAGAUGAAGAUCAGGAACCUACUGCCGAAAUGAAAAAUGAUGAUGAUUACGUAGAUGAGGAAAUGCAAGAGAACGGCGAUAGUGAUGACGAAUCAGAGAAUAACCAAGUGCUGAGCAACUGUAACUAUACUCGUACAAGUACUAUCCAGACGCGUAAAACUCGCAUCGUUUCUCGUGACUCCGAUAGUAGUGGCCCGGUGAAACGUCUUCGUCGCACUGGUGUCAAACGCAUGCGUUACAACGAUGAUAGCGAGGACGAUGACGAUGAUGAAGAUGAUGAAGAUGCACCAAUUAAAACUCGUCGGAUUGUCAAAAGGCCAUACUACGGUGAAGAUGGAAGCGAUGACGAUGGUGGUAGAAAUGAUCCUACUCGAGGAAUUAGUGUAAGUAGUCGUGGCAGAGUGAGGAAAAUGACUCCAAAAGCUAUGUCUGCACUACGGUAAUGAUAGACUUGUACAUAGAGAAAAAAGUGUGAGUUACCGAGAUCUUUAGUUUUUACAAACAAGGGUGUGUCAUUUCUAAUACAUAACGUAAAUGUGUUUGAUCUAGAAGAUGCUACUUUUGCUUUUUUCUUUUUCGUUCAUCAACUGAUAGAAAUUUAAGUAGAUUUAAGUAGUUUAUAAAUUUUUUUUGUUUGCAAGUGUAGGCAUAAUCAUUUACGACGUGAAACAAGCGAUAUGAAUGUAACUAUUUUUAAAUUUAAAUACUUAGUGAUUGAAUGAAUGAAUGAUUUGCACAGCUACGUGAAAGUGCAUAGCACUAAAAUAUAAAGUGUAAUUUUUUAUUCUUGAUAAUAUAUGGAAUAAACCGAAACAAUAAGCGGAAUUCUUCGAUUUUAUUCUAGGAUCAUGCUCAAAUAAGGUCAAUGAAUAAAAUUUUUCGUAAUACGAAACGAAUAGUGCAAACUAGAUGAAAUUAACAAUGAUUAUAAGAAUGAUUACACAACUAAAAAAAAUAAAAUUACUGUUUACACGAUGCUGGAAAAAUGUUUGAAUAUUUUACAGAUGGAUUGCCAAGUAUUGCCUAUUUUCUUAAACUUAAUUAGUUCUUUUCAUAGAAAUAUCGAUCUUGACACGUAUGUGACAAUCUGAAUAUUGAUAAUUGCUCGUUUCUGCUUUUGUUUAUUUAAUAGACCUACGAUAAGAGCAAUGCUAUGUAGUAGGAUAUUUAUUUAUUAAUAGAGCAAAAAUUUUUUAUAAAUUUCAAUCGAAUAAAAAUGUCUGUACAGUACUUACUAUACCCCCUGGAGAACGAACGCAAUAAAAUCGUUCUUAGCGUCAGCUUAAUGACUGUGCCUUUGAUCAACAUUGAAAAUGCAAUGGCACUUGUUUAUUGUCGUGUAAUAUUUGUAUAAAAAAAAGAAAAGAUUUUGACUACUGAAACGAAUUAAUUUUUCUCAUGAAAACUGCCAUUCAAGUUGUUAAAUAUCGAAUACACCAAACAACAUUGAUUAAUUUUUUUAUUUCACGACAUUGCUCGUUAAGAUUAAAAUCUCAAGAUAAUGACUGUGUAGCCAAUGAGAUAGAGAUAUAGAUUUUUUCUUUUCAUUUUUCAAACCCGACUGUUCAAAAUUGUACUACGAGUGAAAGAAGUUUAUUAAUGUUUGCGCAAUUAAUCGAAGUCUCUACUGUUUUAAGCCAUUGUGAUAUUAGCUUAAGAAGGUAUAAAUAAUGAUUGUAAUAUUGACAAACAAAAAAUUAUGGGUUAGCAAUGGUUAUUUUUUUAACAAAAACGUUAAUGUCAUAUCAAUUAAAAUGAAAAAUAGCUUAAAGUACUCGA